GUGCUCAGCCACUUGCACGUUAAUUUCACGAGCAGGCUGUUCCGUUGAUCGGAUCAACUGGAAACCUCGACGGAGUGCCAACACUCGGUUCGCAACGCAGCGGGAAAUGGGAAGGGCGACCACGAUCAGUACUCCGAGUAAUGUCUCAGUGGAUGGAAUGCCGCAUCACGUGUUGGACAUUCGAAGUGUGAUGACGAAGAAGAGGAAAAGGCCGGUCCCGUGACACUAGAUAGAUCUCAAAGUAAACGUUGGUAUCUCUGUCAACUGAAUGAACAAUUACGAAACGGAGGAGAGAAACAGAGAUCAAAGAGUAUAUGUGCAGGAACGGUAAUAACCAGGACGGAAAGGGAAGUGAAGUCACAAAUCGACCGGAAGUGGAUCUACGACUACUUCAGAAAGUCACAGGUAGAAGAUAGCACCUUCGUUAAGAGGACUGCGAUCAGGUGAAGGCGUAUGCUGGAAGAGGUGGUAGGGAAGAAUGAGUAUAAUUUGUUAAAAUAAUCUGGUGAGAAUUUUAAAAAACUUGAAGAGGAAGUUGCUGACAGAAUGAGACAAAGGAAAACACUGGAACGAACCAAAAUGAUCAGUGCCAUCUAUUGGCGAAUCAAUGAAAUUCAGUCAUAUCAAGGGAAACAACUUUUACAACACAUCAUUCUCGGUCCAAUUAAAUUAUUAAUUAAGGUGAUUAAUUACAGAUCAUUGGCUCGAUGUUUAUAUCUGAAUACGAAUAUUACAUCCUGUUCACAUAAAAGAAAUUUCUUCAUUCAGAUGUGCCUCUGAUAUUUUUAUUAACUUUCAUUAACUAAAGGAAGACGAUAUAUUUAUAAGGAGCUUUCAUCAAUACAUCAAAGUGUUUAUGUAAAUGAAAUCUGUGAAAAGAAACAGCAAAAUAUUUCUUCUGGAUGUUGGAAUUAACAGCAAUAUUUUCUUGUCUUCGCUGUCUGGAAUAUAGAAGAGAUGAUUGUUUUACAGGUUAAUUAAACUUGGAUAACUUUACAAAAGAGUUGACAGUUUUCAUCUGCUGUUUUGGAUAUCAAGCGAAAUCACAGAUGAAAGAAGCAUAGCAUUAAAUUAUACUCUGAAAAUAGCAACACAAAUAUAUUCAUAGAAAUGAGAAAAAUAAUAUCAUUGUAACAUAACAUGUACGACAAAUUAUUCUCUCAUAAUGAAUAAUUUAACUAAACCCAAAACCUCUGAUACAGGGGAGAAGCCAUAUCAUUGUGAUGUUUGUUGUAAAUCAUUCACUGAAGAAAGAGACUUAACUAAACACAAGUGCAUUCAGAGAGAAGAGAAGCCAUAUCGAUGUGAUGUUUGUGGUAAAUCAUUCUCUCAAAGUGGUCACUUGACCAGUCACGUACGUACACAUACAGGAGAGAAGCCAUAUCAUUGCAAUACCUGUGGCAAAUCAUUCUCCCGUAGUAGUCACUUGACUAGUCACAUACGUAUUCAUACUGGGGAAAAACCAUAUGACUGUGAUAUUUGUGGUAAAUCAUUGUCUUCUAAUAGUCACUUGACCAGGCACAAACGUACUCAUACUGGGGAAAAACCAUAUCAGUGUGAUAUCUGUGGUAAAUCAUUUUCUGAAAAUAGCACUUUAUCUAGUCACAAACGUAUACACACAGGAGAGAAGCCAUAUCAUUGUGAUAUCUGUGGUAAAUCAUUUUCUGAAAAUAGUAAUUUGACUAAUCACAAACGUAUUCAUACUGGGGAAAAACCAUAUCAGUGUGAUACCUGUGGUAAAUUAUUUUCUGAAUCUGGUCACUUGAAAUCACACAAACGUAUUCAUACAGGUGAGAAGCCAUAUUAUUGUGAUAUCUGUGGUAAAUCAUUUUGUCAGAGCAGUGAGUUAUCAGUACACAAACGUAUUCAUAAAGGUGAGAAGCCAUAUCACUGUGAUAUCUGUGGUAAAUCAUUUUCUCACAAUAGUCUUUUGGCUCGUCACAAACGGGUUCAUACAGGAGAGAAGCCAUAUCAUUGUGACAUCUGUGGUAAGUCAUUCUCUAGAAAUGGUCAUUUGAGUAGGCACAAACGUAAGCAUACUGGUGAAAAACCAUAUCAGUGUGAUAUCUGUGGUAAAUCAUUUUCUGAAAAGAGCACUUUAACCCGUCACAAAUUUAUUCAUACAGGGGAAAAGCCACAUUGGUGUGAUAUCUGUGGUAAAUCAUUUUCUCAAAGUGGUGACUUGAUUAGUCACAAACGUACUCAUACAGGUGAGAAGCCAUUUCAUUGUAAUAUAUGCGGUAAAUCAUUCUCUGCAGGUGGUGACUUAACUAAACACAACCUUACACAUACAGGAGAGAAGCCAUAUCAUUGUGAUAUUUGCGGUAAAGCAUUUUCUGGACAUAGCACUUUAAAUGGUCACAAACGUAUUCAUACAGGAGAGAAGCCAUAUCAUUGUGAUAUCUGUGGUAAAUCAUUCUCCAGAAAUAGUUAUUUGACUGGUCACAAACUUAUUCAUACUGGGGAAAAACCAUAUCAGUGUGAUAUAUGUGGUAAAUCAUUUUCCCAGAAUUCUACUUUAAUUGGGCACAAACGUAUUCAUACAGGAGAGAAGCCAUAUCAUUGUGAUAUCUGUGGUGAAUCAUUCUCUGAAAGUGGCAAUUUAACCAGACACAAGCGCAUUCAUACAGGAGAGAAGCCAUAUCAUUGUGAUUUCUGUAGCGAGUCAUUCUUUCGAAAAGGCCACUUAAGUAAACAUCUGAAUAUUCAUACAUAGGUGUGACAGUAUCAAUAUCAAAAUUUAUUACAAAAAACAACGGUUAUGAAUAUUUUGUCUGCUAAAAGACAGGGUUUAUUCCUCUUCAAGCUUGAUGUUAUCAACUUCAGUUUCAUCAAUAUCAAUAUGAGAUUCAUGAAAAUCAACCUUAAUAUCAUGUAUGUAAUUAAAUAUAUCAACACAGCAAUGACUUUGAUUUCUGAGGAUGAUUGUGCUGGAUUUUUGAGAAAUUUGUUCUGAGAGAUUAAAGGAAUGGGAAUAAUGAAUAAAAGUUUUAAGUGACA